AUUGCUUAGAUAUGGAUAAGAGAAGAGUUCCAGAACACAGACUUAAGAAGGAAGAAAGAGAUGCUAAAUACGCAGCUACUGCUAAGGAAGCUGCUGACAAGGCUGCUAAAGAGAGAACUGAAAAGCAAAAGGCUUAUCUUGAACGUGCAGAGAAAUACUUUACUGAAUACAAAAAACACGAUCAAGAGAUUAUCGAUGCCAAGAGAAACGCUAAGAACGAAGGUUCCAUUUUUGUUGAGCCAGAGGCCAAAGUAGCUCUUGUCGUUAGAACCAAGGGUAUUAUGAAAAUGAAGCCAACUUCUAAAAAGAUUUUACAAUUGAUCAGAUUAAGACAGAUUAACAAUGCUGUAUUCUUGAAAAUUAACAAGGCUACUCUCAACAUGCUUAAGAGAUGUAGUCCUCUUGUUACACUUGGAUAUCCAUCAAGGAAGACCAUCAGUGAUCUUGUCUAUAAGAGAGGAUUCGGUAAGGUCAACGGACAGAGAAUCCCAUUAACCGACAAUGAAAUCAUUGAGAAGGAAUUGGGUCAGUACGGAAUUAUCUGCAUUGAGGACAUCAUCCAUGAGAUUGCUACCUGUGGACCCCAUUUCAAGGAAGUUAACAGAUUCUUGUGGCCUUUCAAACUUAGCUCAAGAAGAGGAGGAACUGAGAAGAAGAACAAGCCAUAUCAACAAGGCGGAUGCUGGGGCAACAGAGAAAGUAAGAUUAAUGAAUUUGUUAAGAACAUGCUCUAAUCUUGUUUCCCUGCUCUAAAUUUUUG